AUGAAUCAUAUUAUUGAUGGGUUCAUCAAUGGUUUUGAUCAGGGGAUCCCAGAUCACGUGAUAGGGAAUUUGAGAUGGUUCACCCCAGAUAACCAUUCCUCAGCAAUCAACGCUGAGGACAAAAUUCAAAAAUCCAUAAAUGAGGAGGUAGAAGCGAAGCGAAUGUUCGGCCCAUUUUCACACGAAGAAGUUGCGGCGAGAUUUAAAUUUUUUAGAUCAAGUCCACUAGGCUCAGUGGUGAACGCAGAUGGUAAGAUGCGACCAAUAAAUGAUCUAUCUUUCCCUAAGAAAAACGACAAGAAAAACAUUGGCAUAAUGUCGGUAAACUCGUUCGUCAACAAACUCGAUUUCAAGACAACGUGGGACGAUUUUACGAUUGUAUCAAAUUUUUUCAGGAACAAUGAAGACAAAUUCGACUUAGCACUUUUCGACUGGGCGAAGGCGUACCGUCAAAUACCAACGAAGUCAUCCCAGUGGCCAUUUUUAAUGGUAAAGGAUCUAAAAGGGGACCUGUACGUCGACACCAGAAUUACUUUCGGAGGCGUCGCAGGAUGUGGAUCUUUCGGACUUCCGGCAGACGCGUGGAAACAAAUAAUGGAAUCGGAAUUCGACGUGAAGAAAAUUUUCAGAUGGGUAGAUGACAAUCUAUUCGUGAAGAAGACCGACUCUCUGUGUAACAUGAAGGCGGUUUCAGAAAGAUCGGUCGAAUUAGGGGUGGCCACUAGCGUGGAUAAGUGCACUGAAUUCGCAAGAGAACAAAAAUUUAUCGGUUUUAUAUGGAAUGGCUGGGAUAAAACAGUUAGCCUACCGUUACAGAAACUAGAACAACGAAAAUGCCAAAUUUCUGAGUUUCUUACACCGGGGAAGGAAUUCAGAUUUACGGACGCAGGGAUUCUCGCAGGACGACUCAACCAUGUGUCUCUCCUCCUCCCUCAGUUGCGAUGCUAUAUAUGCGGAGUUUAUCGUUGGAUGAACGAGUGGAAAAAACGGUGGGCAACUAGAGUAGUACCGGACGACGUCCUCGAAGAUCUGAAAUUCUGGCAGGCAACACUGAACGAGUAUUUGAACACCCGUCUUUGCCCAGAUACGAAUCCAACGGAAAUCAACUGGGUAGGAGAUGCAUCGACGGGUUUCGGUAUUGGAGUACUAAUCGGGAGGAGAUGGGGACAACUUAGACUUAAAGAAAACUGGGCUGAUGCGUCUCCCAAAAGAAACAUUGCAUGGUUAGAAACAGUCGCAAUUCGAGUCGGAAUACUGAUGCUUCUGGAGAUAGGGUCUCGUUUGAAGGGGUGCAACUUCGUUGUCUGGACAGACAAUACGACGACUGAAAACGCACUCAAGAACAGAAAAUCCAAAGACUUUCAUGCGAACAACGAGUGGAAGGAGAUACAGAGACUCUUGAUCAGAGAAGAGCUAGAUAUCACCCCGAUGAGGGUCACUUCUAAAGAAAAUGUUUCAGACGGUGGCACUUCUUUUCACAUGACGACUCACGCACGCGAAACGAUCCCUUUCAAUAAAAUAAAACUAUUUUUAAGGGACGGGACGAGAGAACGCACCCCGUCCGGGAUCGAUCUACACAUCCUGUCCGGCUGGAGAGUCUCUACAUUAUUGAGCUACAACGGAGCGGUAUCAAAAUACAUCAAAUUCAUGGCCACUAAAGACGAAAAACAAUUUACGCUCCCAAUAACGGCAAGGAAUUUGGAGGAGUUCUGCAUCUGGGCAGGGAGAAACCUGAUCUCGCAUAACGAGAAUAAAAUCUCAGCUAUCUCGUUGAAGAAAUAUUUAGCGGGUUUGAAAGGUUGGCACACGUUUCACAAUCAACCCUUCCCAGAUUCGAACAAAGCUAGACUCGAUCUCAUUUUGAAGGCAUCGGCAAAAGAAGACGAGGUGACGACGAAAAGAAAAACAAAGCUACCGAUAAUGCUGUGGCAUCUAACCCAUUUGUGGGAAAAAUUAUUCAACGGGUCGCCGUUCGACAAAGCGGUGCUCGACCUUUGCAUCGUCGCCUUCUGGGGUCUAGCUCGUAUCGCAGAGUUGUGCUACGACCAUGACAACGGUCGGGUAUCUUUUGCUUCGUCCAUAUUAACAUCGGACGUGGUUUUCAGCGGAUCAGCAACAUCUAAUUUAGUCGGAUCUAUAACCAUCAGGAACGCGAAAACCGGAGGCCCGGACGCGCCACAGGUAAUAAGCCUGGUGGAACAAAGUCAUGUGCUGUGCCCUGUCUUAGCAAUACGGCGGAGGUUAUCGUCCGCCCUGGGCGAGAGGACGUCUCUUUUUGGUUUCACAAUCGAUGGGGCGCGUACUCAUCUAACGAGACGAAACACCGUUGCCAGGUUAGAACAAGUUCUUCUGGGAGGCGGCUUCGAAGGUCUACACGGCCACUCGUUCCGCGUAGGAGGAGCGUCACUACGAUAUGCUUUGGGUAUGACGGUAGAUGACUUAUGCACUCUAGGCAGAUGGAAGUCGGAGUGCUAUAAAUUAUAUUUGAGGCCAUACAAUGCUGAAGACAUGGCACGUACAAGGUUGUUACUUAGAAAGAUCAAGAGUAAUUGGAAAAGGAUGGGUUUGUAA